AAACAAAAAGAGAUGGGAAUGAGAGAACAAUAAGCGCAAAGCAAACAAAGCAGUAAAGCCUCUUCUUGCUUUCCUCAACUCCAUCCUCCUCCUUUUUUCCUUUACUUUCUUCUGGUAUUCCCCUUAGUGCGAUUCUACCUCCACCUUCUCCCUAAAGACCCAUCAAACUUUACAAAAAAAAAGAAAAAGAAGAAAAAAACAAAAACAAACACAAAAGGAUUGAAGCACCAUGGUUUUCUCUUCUAUUCCAGUCUAUUCAGAUCCUCCCAAUUGGCAGCAGCAACAACAAAAUCAACACCAAGCAAAUGGAAUUAACAGUCCUCAGCUGCUUUCGCCGCUACCUCAGCCGCCACAGGCUCCUCACGUGGGGGUUGAAGCCGGCCAAACCCGGUCCGGUCCGAUGGCGGAUCGGGCCAAGAUUCCGGCCCAGGAAGGAGUUCUGAAGUGUCCUCGGUGUGAAUCCACCAACACAAAGUUUUGCUACUUCAACAAUUACAGCCUCUCUCAGCCACGGCACUUCUGCAAGACAUGUAGGCGUUAUUGGACAAGAGGUGGUGCUCUCAGGAACGUUCCUGUUGGUGGAGGAUGCCGAAGGAACAAGAAGCACAAACGGAGUCGCUCAAAAUCUCCGGUUUCUACUGACAAACCAUCACUUCCUAAUUCCACAAGUGCAAUCCCUGAGCUUAUUGGUCGUUUCCCACAACCCUUCAUAGCCUCUCUUCAGAGUAUGAACCGCUAUGGUGUAGGGAAUACAGGUGUUAACUUGCGUGAGAUUCAAGCACAGAACGGUUCUCAAAUGGGGUUUCAAAUUGGAGGUCAUGGCAAUGGUACUUCAAGUGUUGCUACUGCAGGAGGAGGAGUGGAGCAGUGGCGGUUCCAGCAGUUUCCUUUCUUGAAUGGUUUUGAGUCAACUUUAGCUGUUUCUAAUUCCUACCCUUUUCAAAGUGAAAGUGUUGAAGGUUUGGUUGGAGAUAUUGCCGCAAGUUCCAGGGCUACUCAGCUCCCAGCACGGGUUAAAAUGGAAUAUAACGGUGGCUUGAAUUUGUCAAGAUCUCCUUUGAGUGUCUCAGAAAAUAGUAACCAUUACUAUUCAUGGACGGAUUUAUCAGGGCUUGUAUCUUCUUCAGCGAGUCAUCUCUUGUAACUUUGACCACUCAUAUGGGUCAUAAUUCAUAUGGUAGCCACAAAAAUUUAAGGGUAUUGGUGCUGUUACUUUUUUUUUUUUAUCAAUAAUUGAAUGAGUUUCCAUUUUAUGAAUCUCUCUCUCUCCCCCUCUCUCGGCAUGUUUAAACUCAUAUAAUUAUUGAUCCAAAAAAUAUUUGUACCAAUAAACUCUUAGAUUUAUAUAUCCGGGUUAGGAUGGCAGCUCUCCAAUGUUCCACUGUCUUCACGCGUCAGUGUUGUUAACAGAAAUCCAAUCAGGCUGGUAGAAUUUAGUCUUCUUCAAUUGUAUAUUUUUCUUGUCAUUGGUUUUGUUUAUGUUUUUUGCACCGAGUUAAGUUUCUUUUGUGUUCUAUUGGGCUUUCUUUGUACAACGGUGCGUGCAUGUAUUGUGUUUUGUUUGUUUACUAUGCAAUAUCAUUUGGGAUAUCAUUUGCGCAA